CCACGAUUCUAUGGUUUUUCAGGAUACUCUCACCACUGAGAACUCUAUGGUUCCGGCGCGGGUUGGGAGGUCUGAGUUUGAAAACCGUGGCGGGAAGAUGGUGGCUACACCUGUCAUCAGGCCCUGUUUCUGCCGUGUGGGAAGACGCUGGGACUGUGGCUUUCCCUGAAUGGCCAAGAAGAGUUCGCGAUGAAUCUUCCGCGCUGGAGUGGGAAACGGCGACGUUCAGCAUCAGGCUCGGACUCCUUCUCGGGAAGCUGCUGUGACAGUAAUGACAGCCCCCUGCUCCCCUCAGGGCCGGUGCUGAGUCCUCCCCCAGGCCUGGGGCGCUGCUUGAAGGACCUCGGUCGUCUGCCAGCAGCAGCUGCAGGGGAAUGCAAGCAGACAGUUUCUGACGAUCAAAUGGACAAGUUGCUGUUGGCAAACUGGGGACUUCCUGCAGCGGUUCUGGAGAAAUAUCACAGUUUUGGUGUAAAAAAGAUGUUUGAAUGGCAGGCAGAGUGCCUUUUGCUUGGACAAGUCCUGGAAGGAAAGAAUUUAGUCUAUUCAGCUCCGACAAGUGCUGGAAAGACUCUUGUUGCUGAACUACUUAUGUUGAAGAGGGUUUUGGAAAUGCGGAAGAAAGCUUUGUUUAUUUUGCCCUUUGUCUCUGUGGCUAAAGAGAAGAAAUACUAUCUCCAGAGUCUGUUUCAGGAAGUAGGAAUAAAUGUGGACGGUUAUAUGGGCAGCGCCUCCCCCACAAGGCGUUUCUCUUCCUUGGAUAUUGCUGUCUGCACCAUUGAGAGAGCCAAUGGUCUAAUCAAUCGCCUUAUAGAGGAAAAUAAGAUGGACCUAUUAGGAAUGGUGGUUGUGGAUGAAUUGCAUAUGCUGGGAGACUCUCACCGAGGGUAUCUGCUGGAACUUUUGCUGACUAAGAUUUGCUAUAUUACUCAUAAGUCAGCAUCUUGCCAGACAGAUUUAGCCAGUCCUCUGUCUAAUGCCGUGCAGAUUGUUGGCAUGAGUGCUACUCUUCCUAAUUUGGAGCUUGUGGCUUCCUGGUUAAAUGCUGAACUCUACCACACCAACUUUCGUCCUGUACCACUGUUGGAGUCAGUAAAAAUUGGAAAUUCUAUAUAUGAUUCUUCAAUGAAGCUUGUGAGGGAAUUUCAGCCCAGUCUACAAGUAAAAGGAGAUGAGGACCAUGUUGUUAGUUUAUGUUAUGAGACCGUUUGUGAUAACCAUUCAGUAUUACUUUUCUGUCCAUCAAAGAAAUGGUGUGAGAAGUUGGCAGAUAUCAUUGCCCGUGAGUUUUAUAACCUACACCAUCAAGCUGAGGGAUUGGUAAGAUCAUCUGAACUUCCACCGGUGGUACUGGAACAAAAGAGUCUACUAGAAGUGAUGGAUCAGUUAAAACGUUCACCUUCAGGACUGGACUCUGUAUUACAAAAAACUAUACCUUGGGGAGUAGCAUUUCAUCAUGCAGGUAUCCAUAUUUGUAAUCUGUUAUUAAGAAGCCCCCUCCAGAUAUCGUUUUUUACCAGUCUUGUGCUAUUAGACUUAAUCAGUGAAGUUCCCUUAAAGGAAAUAAAUCAGAAAUAUGGAUGCAGUCGUGGACAGAUUCAAUCCUUACAACAGUCAGCAGCUGUUUAUGCAGGGAUGAUUACAGUAUUUUCCAACCGCCUCGGCUGGCACAACAUGGAACUACUACUUUCCCAAUUUCAGAAGCGUCUUACAUUUGGCAUCCAGAGGGAGCUGUGUGACCUGGUCCGGGUGUCUUUACUUAAUGCACAGCGAGCCAGGUUCUUCUAUGCUUCUGGCUAUCUUACUGUGGCAGAUCUUGCCAGAGCAAAUAUUGUGGAAGUGGAGACUGUUCUGAAAAAUGCUGUGCCCUUUAAAAGUGCCCGAAAGGCCGUGGAUGAGGAAGAGGAAGCAGUUGAAGAACGUCGGAAUAUGCGAAAUAUUUGGGUGACUGGCAGAAAAGGUUUAACUGAAAGGGAAGCAGCAGCCCUUAUAGUAGAAGAAGCCAAAAGGAUUCUGCAGCAGGAUUUAGCUGAAAUGGGAGUGCAAUGGAAUCCAUAUUCCCUUUUAAAUUCUAAUACACACUCAUUGACCAGCAGUGAGCCAGAAGUAAAGGAACAGAAACUUACACCCCAAACUAAGAGAUCUUGUAAAAGAUUAAUAUCAAAGAAAAAAAGUAACUCAGUGUUUAAUGAUUCUUUUGCUAAGCAUUCACCAACUACAGUGCAAGAUUUAGUUAAAUGUGGAGAGAAUAGAAAUUCCUUUUAUUACAAGUUACAGAAUGGGAAUCAAGAAUCCCAAGUACAUUCCAUUUCCAGAGCAAGAAAACGGGCUUCUUUGAACAGAAGUAAAGAAAAGCUAGUAACCUCUCUGAAUGAGGGGGAAAAAAGCACUAAGAAUGUUGUUCAAACUCUCUUAUUUGAGAAAACAAAAAAAGGAUCUUUGAGUUUCAGUUCAGAAAAGAUGAGUACUGCCUCUCGAUCUUGGAAACGUGGUAAGCAUCUAACACAAUCCAGAGAUAGUAGCCCUGUGAAAGACACUGGGAUGUAUAGAAUUGAUUUACAGGAACAAACUAUGUCUAAUCCUGUUUAUUGUGAAGACUCAAUUACCUUAGAUGAGAAGAAUAUGGAAUUUAGAAGUCCAGAGCCUUUUGCUAAAAAUGUAUCUUACUGUGCUGAGGGAAAAUACAGCAAAGCAUCAUUCUCAUCACAAACAGAACAAAGUUCAAAGAACAAAACAAAAACUAACAAUAUUCUUGUGGAACAUUUUAUCACAGAAUCCCAGAGUAAAAAAGUGACUUGUCAUCCCACUAGUACAGUUAGUGAAAAUGGAAGAGCACUAGCUUUUGUUGAGUCAGAAAAAAUAAACAAAGUACUGAUGAUACAAAGUGAUUCAAAAACCCAGAAUGUUUAUGUAAAACACCAUGACACCCAUUCAAUUAACCAGUGUGCAGAAAAACAAUCUGAUAAACAAACAAACACUUAUACCAAACAGAAAAAAAUAUUAGAGAGACAAAUGCCCUGUGAAACAGGCAGUAGUUAUAUGAAUAAAGACUCAAAUGGUAUUAUCAAGUGUGGAAUUAUGAAGUUUAAUGGUGAGGAAAAUAAAUCAAAUAAUUUUCAGGUAUCAGGAGAUAAUAUAAACAGCACUGAGAUACUCAGUAGAAUAUAUCCCCCAACUGGAGCAUUUGGUAAAUCAGGAGGCCAGCAUGAGGAUUUUCUAAAUCCCUCUAAAAUACAAGAAAAAACGGAAGCUUAUGCAGCAAACAAAACUAAAAAUAAUUGUGUUUCUGACUUAGGUUUAGUUCUUUGUGAAUUUGAAGAUAGUUUGUACCUGGAUACUCAGUCAGAGAAAAUUAUACAACAGAUGGCAACUGAAAAUGCCAAACAAGAAGGAGCAAAGGAUGCCAACCUGGCAACAGAGACAAUGCCGAAGAGUUUAGACAAACAGAGCUCGGUGAUCUCUUUUCAGAAUGAGAUUCAUAUUACUUUUCCUGGUGAACGACAUUCUCCAGGAGUGACAAAUAUAGAUCAUUUGGAGGAUAAGACUGUAGAUACUGUGAAACAAAGCACCAGUUCACAUGGAGUUGAUGUCCUGACUCCAGAAAGCUCAAUUUUUCAUUCUCCAAUACUCUUGAGGGAAAAUGGCCCUUGUUUUAAAAGGAAUGAACUUUCUGUCACUGACUCUCAAUUAAAUAGUUUUCUUCAAGGUUAUCAAACACAAGAAGCUUUGAAACCAGUUAUACUACCGCCUCCCACUGGUGUAGAAGUAGAAUGUCUACCAGCUCCUGAAACAAGUUUGAAUUUGAGUGAUAGCUUACUAUUUGACAGUUUCAGUGAAGAUUACCUAGUAAAAGAACAACCACCUGAUACACAAGCAAAAGAACCCCUUUCUUCUGAACUAAUGUCAAACUGUUUCAGUCAUUCUCUGUGUCUACAACCAGAGGGCCAACUUAGAAAAUCAAAUAUGAAUGAGAAUCAAGAUAAUCAGCAACAGUUGACUUGUUUCAGUGAGGAGUCUCUUAUAUUUUCAGAGUUGGAUUCUGCUCAGAUGGUUGAAGCUUUGGACAAUGUAGAUAUAUUUCCUGUCCAAGAGAAACAUAAUACCACAGUGUCUCUUACAGCAUUAGAACUAAGUGAUCCAGGGACUGUCAAUAAUGAUUAUUCACAAAGAGAAAUAAUUGGAAGAGAUAAAGAUGAAAAGUCUAAAAAAUCCAAAUUAACUGAGAUAGGGCAAAAUAAAUCGCUCAUAUGGUCAGGGGCAUCGUUUGAUUUAAGUCCAGGAUUGCAAAGAAUUUUAGAUGAAGUGUCCAGUCCUCUAGAAAAUGAAAAGCAAAAAUUAGCCACUACAAACUUGUCUAGUUUAAAAGGGGAAAAUAUGGAGUUAAAUGGCAAACAAGUGAUUUCAAAUUUGGAGCCAAAUCAAGUUCCGGGAAUUUCAUUUUUCCCUAAUGUUGAAAUAAAGAGCAAGAUUGGAGCACUGGAGAACGGUGCCCUUCAUGGUGAAACCUCAUCCCUCUUGCCUUGGAAAGACAGCUGUAUAGUUGAUGAUAACGGACUCAUUCCUCCUACACCCAUCCCAGCAUCUGCUUCUAAGCUAGUGGUUCCAAGUAUUCUUGGAACAUCUUCUGUAAAACUCCAGAAAAUGCAUAGUGUUUUACAGCUUGGUAAAAGUUACUCAUUUGGCUCAUCUUCAGAUAUUAAAAACCAAGAUUUAAGUUCAGAGAGUAGAGAGGGUUUAAAAAAGGAUAGACCUAUUAGAGACACAAGUUUUUCACUGCAAUUGUCACAGGAUGGAUCACAGUUAACUGCAGCCUCAUGCAGCCCAGAAAGCUUGGCCAUAAUUGAUGUAGCAAGUGACCAAAUUCUCUUUCAAACAUUCAUUAAGGAGUGGCAGUGCAAAAAGAGAUUUUCCAUCUCACUGGCUUGUGAAAAGAUCAGUAAUUUGAGGUCUUCUAAAAAUGCUGCUAUUGGUGGUAGGUUUAAGCAAGUUAGCCUACCUCAGGAAACCCCUAUUAGAGAUGAUGGAGUUCCUGUUAAAGGUUGUGAUGACAUCUUGGUGGUUGGUCUGGCAGUGUGCUGGGGUGGAAGAGAUGCCUAUUAUUUUUCACUGCAGAAGGAACAAAAGCAUCCUGAAAUUAGUCCCAGUUUGGUCCCACCUUCUCUGGAUCCAAGCCUGACUGUGAAAGACAGAAUGUGGUAUCUUCUGUCUUGCUUUCAAGAGGAAUCUGAUAAAGAACGUUCUAUUAUCAUCUAUGACUUCAUCCAGAGCUAUAAAAUUCUUCUUCUGUCUUGUGGUAUCUCCUUGGAACAAAGUUAUGAAGAUCCUAAGGUGGCAUGCUGGUUACUAGAUCCAGAUUCUAAGGAGCCAACUCUUCACAGCAUAGUUUCCAGUUUUCUUCCUCAUGAGCUUCCACUCCUCGAAGGGAUAGAGACUGGCCAAGGAGUUCAGAGUCUGGGGCUGAAUGUCAACACUGAACAUUCUGGGAGAUACAGAGCCUCGAUGGAGUCGAUUCUCAUCUUCAACGCUAUGAAUCAACUCAAUUCUUUGUUGAAGAAGGAAAACCUUCAAGAUGUUUUCUGUAAAGUGGAAAUGCCCUCUCAGUACUGCUUGGCCUUGUUAGAAUUAAAUGGAAUUGGAUUUAGUACUGCAGAAUGUGAAAGUCAGAAACACAUAAUGCAAGCCAAGCUGGAUGCGAUUGAGACUCAGGCCUAUCAACUAGCCGGGCACAGUUUUUCCUUCACCAGUUCAGAUGAUAUUGCUGAGGUUUUAUUUUUGGAAUUAAAAUUGCCACCAAAUGGAGAGAGAAAAAAUCAAGGCAGCAAGAAGACUUUGGGUUCUACUAGAAGAGUGAAUGACAAUGGACGCAAGCUAAGGCUGGGAAAACAGCUCAGCACCAGUAAGGAUGUUUUAAAUAAAUUAAAGGCAUUGCAUCCUUUACCAGGCUUGAUAUUAGAGUGGAGAAGAAUCACUAAUGCUAUUACCAAAGUGGUCUUUCCUCUACAGCGGGAAAAGCGUCUAAAUCCUUUUCUUGGAAUGGAAAGAAUCUAUCCUGUAUCACAAUCACACACUGCUACAGGACGAAUAACCUUUACAGAACCAAAUAUUCAGAACGUGCCAAGAGAUUUUGAGAUCGAAAUGCCAACACUAGUAGGGGAAAGCCCACCUUCUCAAGCCCUAGGCAAAGGCCUACUUCCCACAUACAGAGGAAGAAAGAAGACGAGUUGCAGCCUGAACUCUGGACACCAGGCACAGAUGGAGGAGAGAGCCUCAGACAGAGGAAUGCCCUUUUCAGUCAGCAUGCGACAUGCCUUUGUACCUUUCCCAGGUGGCUUAAUAUUAGCUGCGGAUUACUCUCAACUUGAACUGAGGAUCUUGGCUCAUUUAUCUCAUGAUCGGCGUCUCAUUCAAGUGUUAAACACUGGAACUGAUGUUUUCAGGAGUAUUGCCGCUGAGUGGAAGAUGAUUGAGCCAGAGUCUGUUGGGGAUGAUCUGAGGCAACAAGCAAAGCAGAUUUGCUAUGGAAUCAUUUAUGGAAUGGGAGCUAAAUCUUUGGGAGAGCAGAUGGGCAUUAAAGAAAAUGAUGCUGCCUGCUACAUUGAUUCAUUCAAAUCCAGAUAUACAGGGAUUAAUCAUUUCAUGAGAGAGACAGUGAAGAAUUGUAAAAGAGAUGGAUUUGUUCAGACCAUUUUGGGAAGACGUAGAUAUUUACCAGGAAUCAAUGACAACAACCCUUAUCAUAAAGCUCAUGCUGAGCGUCAGGCCAUCAACACAACAGUCCAAGGUUCAGCAGCUGAUAUCGUCAAAAUAGCCACAGUUAACAUUCAGAAGCAAUUAGAGACCUUGCACUCAACCUUCAAAUCCCAUGGUCAUCGGGAGGGUAUGCUCCAAAGCGACAGAACAGGAUUGUUACCAAAAAGAAAACUGCAAGGGAUGUUCUGUCCGAUCAGAGGAGGCUUCUUCAUCCUUCAACUCCAUGAUGAGCUCUUAUAUGAAGUGGCAGAAGAGGAUGUUGUUCAGGUAGCUCAGAUUGUCAAGAAUGAAAUGGAAAAUGCCGUAAAACUUUCUGUGAAACUGAAAGUGAAAGUGAAAAUAGGUGCGAGCUGGGGAGAGCUGAAGGACUUUGAUGUGUAAUUGUAUGGCUAAAUCCUCUGGGGAAGCCUGGUGUAGGUACAACUUACCCUUUCACCUAUUUCAGGAAAACCAACUCUCAAAUCUUGAUGGACUUGGGAUAGUAAUUUUAGUGAGAGUUUCAAAAUGUAUAUCAGAGUUUAUUCUCUAUAGCAUAAAAAAAAACUUUUUUGAGGCAAAAUACCAAGUUUAACAAUUAUAUUUAUUCUCAAAGAGAAUGUAUGAAGUUGCCUUUUAUAGUUCUGUGUGGCUCUAAUCAGGUUCAGAACACAUGACUGAAACAUGCACUUAGCACUUUGGGUCCUCAUCUGUCUGGUUGAGCAUGAUGGCUCAAUGACUGCUGUCUCUGGGGCAUUUUCAGCUCUGUCCAGGAUGCAGACACUUGUGAUGUAGACACCAGCAGGAACCAUUGGCAGAUAGGGAUUUGGUUUCUUAUAUACCGCCAUGCUUAGGCAUUCUGGUGAUUUUUCUCUAAUAUCAACUUAAGACUAGUGGAGCUGUAUUUCUAUGCAGCAUUGGCUAAUAAAUUCUGAACUCUAUAAAGAGGUAGACUCGAUAUGGGUGCAGUCUAGGAAUGGAUUUUCAUGAAAUGGUGUUUCUUCUUCCUUUUCCUUCCUCAGUUCAUUCAAUGAAUGUGUUUGCAAUACUUAGGUAUUAUAAAAUAAGCUACACCUCUUCAAGAGGCAUCCUGUUCUGUAAAAUCAGAUGUUUAUACUACAGUUUAAUAUAAUACUGCCAGAGAAAGAAGACACCCCUGUAUCCAUCUCCUACUGCCUCUUUCUGUGUUUGUGGCAUGGUGAGAAUACCCAUGCUGAAGACAUUAUCUUUUAUAAUCAGUCAGAGGUGUAUAACUGACUUUUUUGCUGUUGAAAUAAAAUGAAUUUAUAAGAAACUUUA